CGUGACAAAUUACAUCCCUACUACUCACUCGGCAUUGAAUGAGUGAAGCAGGGUUUUGUUUUCUCGGGCCAGGUGGUGGUGGUGGUUUGACUGGCACCUGACCUCACCAGCUGACUGCUCACCUGAACAAGAAAGCCAAACAAAGAAAGGAGUGUAACCAGAGACCAGACGGCAACAGUGGAAAAACGCCACCCGCCUGACCCGAACCCCAACCUUCUUCCCCUCUCUCUCUCUCUCUCUGCCUCGAAAAUCUCUAUCUGGAAACGGAAGCGGAAGAAGAAGACCUCCCUCGCAACUCCCAACUUCAUUUCCUUUCUUCUGCACACUAGUUUAGCAGUCCUCUCCUCCAUCCGCCUUUCUCUCUCUCUCUCUCUCUGGUCUCUGUUGUGGUAAGGAGUUAACCACUACUACUAUUGCUUCUUUAACCGCAUGUAUAAAUGAUGACCGAUGACGAGCAGCAGACCACCGCCAUGACUCCUUCCUCUGUUCACUGCCAUCAUCCUCACAACCAUCGGAUGGUCAAGGCCGAAGCAGCAGCAGCAGAUCAACAAGACGAUGACGAAGACGACAGUGGCGAUUAUCUGUUAGGGGGACCGAACCCGACCACAUUCUCCCAACUCCUCUGCUCCAGCGACGACGAUCCUCCUCGUCACAUGAUCAUUGACGCCGCGCAUGUCCAUCCUCCCCACUCUGCUCCUCCUCCUCCUUCGAUGCUCUGCUUUGGCGCCCCUGCCGCUACCACCCAAUGCUGCUCCCACCUCGAGGACGGCGGUGCUCUGUUCUCGCCGCCGCGUCAUCAUCAUUAUCAAGACAACAAUCAUGACGACGAUCUUCUUCUUCCAAACACCGCCCCCGCGGCCGCCACUGCAAAUCCUCCGCCAGCGAGGAAGAGGGCAAGCAAGAAGAGUAAAACAGCACUGGUAAACAACCGUGGCACCACUGCUACCGCCGCUGUACCCGCCUCUCCUCCUCGUGUUCCUAAGGCAAGGAAGGAGAAGGUGGGAGAAAGGAUUGCGACAUUGCAGCAGCUGGUUUCCCCCUUUGGAAAGGUCUUUUCUUUUCCACUUGCAAGAACAAGAAAGCUAACGGAUACGGCAUCGGUACUGCACGAAGCGAUGGGAUACAUCAGGUUCCUGCAAGAUCAGAUUCAGGUCCUCUGCUCGCCUUACCUCCUCCUCCUCCAAGAAACCCCAGCUCAGCAGCAGGGGAAGAGGGAGCUGAAGAGCAGAGGGCUGUGCCUGGUUCCCGUGGACUGGACCAUGCAUGUCGCCAACGGCGCCGAUCUUUGGUCCCCUCUCUCCACCACCACGACGGCUCCCACUCCCGCGUUUCCGUGCUUUCCACCACUGCCAGCCUCGUCGGCCGACCAGUAAUUGGAUUUGGAUGAAUGUCUCGGUUCUUUUGUAACCUUUUUUUCCUAGCUAGUUAAAAGCCAGGAGGGUAGUUAGAGGAAAGACGGGGGACCCACUGAGAAAAGGGGAAAAUUGUAUGUAUUUUUUUUUUUUUCCCUCGCUGGUGGUCAAAGGGUGCUGUUUCUUUCUUUCUUUCUAAAAUAGUGAAUUUUCCCG